UUUGCUUGAAAAAUGGGAAUGUAUAUGUGAGGUUUACGUUGUCUUUUACGAAAUAAUGGUUUAUUAGAUACAAAAUAAUGGAUUCGAUAGAAAACUUAGAUGAUAAAGAUAGUGGGCCAGAUGUUCAGCUAAAUUUUCCAAGCUCUGUAAUGAGCAGAAUUGAAGAAUUGAUGGGUGGAACUGAGCAAUUCGACAAUGAUGAAUUCGAUGCUGUGGCUUAUAUCAAUAGAGUUUUUCCUACGGAGCAAUCACUAUCGGGAGUAGAGUCUGCUGCAUCUCGAUGUGAAUACAAACUAGCAAGCGUUAGACAUGACAUACAGAGGCUAGUCCGAGCUCAACACGACCAAAGGAUUGCUGGACAACAAGCACUUUUGGAGGCCCAACAGUGUAUUGCUGAGUUGGCAUUGCAGGUAGCUGACAUAAAUAAGAAGGCAGAACGUAGCGAGAGUAUGGUUCGCGAGAUUACAGCAGAAAUCAAACAGCUGGACUGUGCAAAAUGGAAUCUCACGGCUGCAAUUACUGCACUCAAUCAUCUUCACAUGUUGGCUGGAGGUGUGGCCACAUUGCGAGACCUAGCACAGAGGAGACAGUAUAAAGAGCUAGUGUUGCCACUCCAGGCUAUAAUGGAGGUCCUGGAGCAAGUUGAGUCUUACCGUGACAUUCGAGAGCUGAGUGUUCUAAGGGAUGAAGUGCAUGCCAUCAGGGUGCAACUGGCAGAACAGAUACUAACUGAUUUCAAGGAAGCACUCACAGGUGGCAGUAAAAGUGGCGUAUCCCAGAGGACAUUGGCGGAGGCGUGUGGUGUAGUGGAUGCACUUGAACCAAAGGUCAAACAAGAUUUAAUCAAGUGGUUCGUCAAUCUACAACUACAAGAGUACAUACACCUGUUCAGUGCGGAGCAGGAGGGCGCGUGGGUCGGUCACGUGGAGCGGCGGUACGCGUGGCUCAAGCGCCAUCUCCUGGCGUUCGAGGACACACUCGCCAAUAUAUUCCCGCCCGCCUGGAGGCUCAGCGAGACUAUCGCUUCGGAGUUUUGCAAGGUGACCCGUAAAGAUCUGAGCGAGCUGAUGGCAGCGCGACGUAAUGAACUAGACGUCAAGUUGCUGCUGUACGCUAUACAGAAGACAUACAACUUCGAGUUACUACUGCACAAACGUUUUGUAGGUACGGAGUUAGGAGCCGAAGGUUCAGAGUCAUCAGUGAAGCCGAUGUCUUUAGAGGAAGAUGGAAAAGAGAUAACAGAGGGCGAUUCUACGGCGCGGGGUUCGCCGUGGGUGGGUGCAAUCGGCGCGUGCUUCGAGCCCCACCUGUCGCUGUACAUCACCAGCCUCGAUACUAACCUCCGAGGACUCAUGGACACCUUCCUACAGGACGCAAAAUCCGAGGUCGGCGCGGGGGAAGGCGGCAGCGGCGCGGGCGCAGUCAUAGCGAGCUGCGCCGAUCUGUUCCUGUUCUACAAGAAAUGCUUGGCGCAGUGUGCGCGCCUAACUACGGGAGAGCCGAUGCUGGAGCUGGCGGGUGUGUUCGGCAAGUACUUACGUGAGUACGCGAGUGGCGUGCUGCAGGCGGUGCUGCCCCGCGCCGCGCCCGCCGCCGCGCCCUACCUCGCGCCGUUCCUCAAGGAUGACUCGCCCAGGUACACUAAGCAGGAGAUCGCUAAAAUCACCAGCGUCAUCACAACAUCGGAGUACUGUCUCGAGACCACCAUACAUCUAGAACAGAAACUGAAGGAGAAGGUGGCUCCAGCUCUCGCCGACAAAAUAGACCUCGCCCCCGAGCAGGAGCUGUUCCACAAGAUGAUCAACAACUGCAUCCAGCUGCUAGUCCAAGACCUGGAGCUGGCCUGCGAGCCGGCCCUCCAGGCCAUGACCAAAAUAUCCUGGCUACACUUCUCCAACGUCGGCGACCAGAGCUCCUACGUCACGCAAAUAGUGAUGCACCUCAAAAACACCGUCCCCAACUUGAGAGACAAUUUAGCUUCCUCUAGGAAAUAUUUCACUCAGUUCUGCAUUAGAUUCGCUAAUUCGUUCAUACCCAAGUUCAUACAGAACGUUUACAAGUGCAAGCCGAUCUCUACGGUGGGCUCGGAGCAGCUACUGCUAGAUACUCACAUGUUGAAGACUGCGCUGUUGGAGUUGCCAUCCAUAGGCUCAGAAGUGAAAAGGCAGGCGCCGACGACAUACACGAAAGUGGUCAUAAAGCUAAUGACCAAGGCCGAAAUGAUUUUGAAGCUGGUGAUGGCGCCUCUCGAUGGAAACCUCGAGGGUUUCGUAGCUCAGUUCGUGCAGCUCCUCCCUGAGAGCACAGUAGCUGAGUUCCACAAAGUAUUGGACAUGAAAGGCGCUAAACUCACAAAAACGCAGAUGAGCUCUCUAGAUGCCCUGUUUCGUGAGACCUCGAAGUCGGCUAGUAACGAGGUAAUAGUAGUUUUAACUUUAUUCGAACAAUGGCGAGGUGGAAAACGUACAGCACGAGCACAUAGUCCCGAAGAAGAGCUAUACGAAAAACUAAUUCGGGAAGAUGAAGCCAGAAUCAUACCCGGCUUAGGGGAAAACGGGGAGCCUGCAGAGCUGACGGGGGAAGAUAAACGAUUGGGUGAAGAGUCUGAGAAGAAACUAGCAAUAAACGUAUAUUUAAGUGAUCGAAUUUCCUAUAAUAGGACAUUGAAAGAUCACCGUAAUCCUGCCUGUGAGCGAGUGGUGUAUGAUGCCGAAUUACCAUCAGCAUCAGUUAUUCUUAUAUUUCACAAUGAGCCAUAUUCAGUGGUUGUACGUACCAUUUGGAGCGUGAUAAACAGUGCUAGAAGAGACAGAGAGUGGUUUACUAGAGCCAACUAUCUGGACCGAGAGACUGGGAAACUCAUGAAACUAGGUUAUGCUGGACAGGAUCCAUCCUCACCUUUUGUAUAUUUAAAGGAAAUUAUAUUAGUUGAUGACAAUUCCACAUUACCAGAAUUAAAAGGCAAACUUGACUACUAUGUAAGAAGUCGUCUGCCGCCGGACCUAAUCCGCAUUAUUAGACUUCCAAGCCGGGUAGGUGUGACUCAAUCCAGGCUGGCCGGUAGUCGCUCAGCCACAGGAGAAGUUCUCAUAUUCCUAGACUCCCAUUCGGAAUGUGAUACUGACUGGCUCAGGCCUCUGCUACAGCGCAUAAAAGAUAAUAGGACGGCCGUUGUUACACCGAUCAUAGAUCAGUUGGAACAAGACACAUUUGAGUAUGAAACAGGAGAUAUUACGGAGGCUAACGAAAUUGUAACGAACAGUAUUGGGCUGACGCGAGCGCGACUCGAGGGAUCGAAAGUCGCUACGGCCGAUGUGACCGUUUUCCUCGACGCCCACUGCGAGGUGCAGCGCGACUGGCUGCGGCCGCUGCUACAGCGGAUCAAGGACAGCUCCCACGCCGUAGUAGUGCCCAUCAUCGACGUCAUAGAGGCAACCAGCUUCUACUACAGCGUUCAAGACCCUAUCACCUUCCAGGUGUCUCAAAAUCAAGGUCUGAUGCGCGCUCGUAUCCGCGGUGCGCGGUCCGCCCGGGGUGACGUGUUGGUAUUCCUGGACGCGCACUGCGAAGCCAGCGCGGACUGGCUGCGGCCGCUGCUGCAGCGCAUCCGGCACAAGCGCGACGUCGCCGUCACGCCGCUCAUUGACGUCAUAGACCAGACCACCUUCGAACUGCAGGCCGCACCCAACUUUCAGGUGGGUGGCUUUACGUUUAUGGGCCAUUUUACGUGGAUCGACGUGCCAGAGAGAGAAAAGAAACGUCGCGGCUCAGACAUAGCGCCCACUUGGUCGCCAACGAUGGCGGGCGGUCUGUUCGCGAUCAGUCGGCAGUAUUUCUGGGAGGUGGGCUCCUACGACGAGCAGAUGGGCGGCUGGGGCGGCGAGAACCUCGAGAUGUCCUUCCGGAUAUGGCAGUGUGGUGGUACUUUAGAGACAAUACCGUGCUCACGUGUCGGCCACGUGUUCCGCAGUUUCCAUCCGUACGGGCUACCAGCUAAUACGGAUACGCACGGAAUCAACACGGCUCGCAUGGCGGAGGUGUGGAUGGACGAUUACGCUGAACUGUUUUACCUGCACCGACCCGACCUUAGGAAAAGUCCAAAGAUCGGUGACGUCACUCACCGCCGCGUGCUCCGCGAAAAGCUCAAGUGUAAAAGCUUCCAGUGGUACCUCGACAAUGUGUACCGAGAGAAGUUCGUACCCGUAAGGGACGUAUUUGGAUUUGGAAGGUUCAAGAACCCGUCGACGAGCAUGUGCAUCGACACACUACAGCAUGACGGCGACUCCGCCCCCCUGGGCGUGUACCCGUGCCACACCCGCCUCGAGCCCACGCAGCACUUUGCUCUGUCGUUACGAGGCGAGCUGCGAGACGAGGAGCGCUGCGCUGAGCCGCGACGUUCGCCGAGUGGCGCAGACAGCGCCCAGCAGGUGGUGAUGGUCAACUGUCAUGGCCGCCAGCGAGGGCAGAAGUGGCGGUACUUGGACUCCUCACAGCUGCAGCACGUAGACAGCGGGAUGUGUCUCACAAGCGGCGGGCGAGCGGGCGAUCUGCUGAGCAUCGCGCCCUGCCUCGCCACGCCCCUCCAGCUGUGGCACAUUGACUACUCCGAGCAGAAUGACUUUAGGCUGGAUGAGUCGUUAAAACCAAGUGAGCAAGAAAUACGUCUGAAAAAACUUCGCGGGCAGAGGCGUAUCGCCCGCUCGCUCAAAUCUGUCACUGAGCAAAAUAUAAUAGCCACUCCAAAGAAACGAAAAGUGAAGAACAAGUUUAUAUUGAAGAUGAUACGGCAAGUGAACGGCUCUGAAGACCAUCUGGAGGCCGAUAUAUACUGCCAGCACAAGCGGCUGUACCCCAACAACACCUUAGUGAGAGAUCUCGUGAAGAUGCUCAACGCUAAGAACAUAAAGGUGAUAAACAACGGGCGUGUGUUCGAGCACAGUGCGGUACGUCCGCUGACGGCACGGGAGCGGCAGCAGGAGGAACGAGACAAGGCGCUGCGAGCGAGACUACCGGCGACCGAGAGAGACAGAGCGACCACUGAGAAAGUGCAGCUGAUAAAGUCAUGGAAGGAAGUACCGCAUACGACUGAACCACCCAGAACUAAAGAACUAAAAACUAUACCAGAUGAUUCAACGUCGAAAGAGGAGACGUCUCAUGAGGACAUUUCAAAUGUGGUCCUGACGGCGUCCACAGAAACAGCAAUAAAGACGGCCGAAAAAGAGAGUGGCGAAAACUGGCCAUUCGAAGUAACCUACUUGCGUGACGGAAAACCGCGACAGCUACACUCGAACGAAGCACAUCGACUGUUCCAAAAGGUGGAGCACACAGACGAUAGUCCGAGUGAGGCCCCCGGAAAGUUGAUCGUGCGCAGUAAUCUCACCUUAGACCUUGACGACUUGUUAGGUCUUGGAAAGAAAAGUAAAGUCGAGGAUGACAUAGAGAAUUUGAUUGAGGACAUAUCCGUUCCCAAUGUUACGGAGCCGCACAGCGAGGAGAAUACCACGGCGAUCGCCAAACAAGCCGCUAACGAGUCUGAACAGUCCGGCUCGUGCUCCGGAAGUAAAGAAAACGAUUAGUAUAGCAUCAAUUGAGCAGAAUUUAACGGUUUCUACUAAAGGUUUCCGACUGUAGCGCCACAAUAAACAAAGUACAGUGCUCCCAAAGUGAUAUCGCGCAUAGAA